CCGACAUAUGACGGGUCGUAAGCAGCCCACCACGAUCCGUUUUGAUUGCAGAGACCGGAUUUCUUGCACCUUUCAUGUAUCCGGCCCUGCUUACGAAAACUGGCCAAUAGGAGGUAGCAGACGUUCUCGUCGUAUUCUUCAAUGGCAACCAUAAUGGCAGCUCUUGCAAUGAUCAUGAUGAUGCUGCAGAUGCAUCUAGUGUCCUCUCAGGACACACCAGACACUUCCAUGGAUGGCUCGGGCAGUUGCUCAGAUGCUGAGGAAAUCUCAGCCCUUCAGCUUUCCUCUCAGCAAGCAAUGUGCGAAUGGCGACUCGGGACUCUAGGUCAGAGCUGCACAAGCACUUGCCUUCCUGAUAGUAAAAUCUGUGAUCCUGCACAGCAGAAAGCUCUCCGGGGAGUUGACGGAGUGGACCUCAACACGCGAGUGACUGCGCUACAAGGAGGAACAGAGUGCACCAACUACGACCCACCUACUAAGGUCAUCAAUGAAACAACCAACCACUGGGCCCCAUACGUGUCCAACAUCAACGGCCAGUGUCGCAUGGCCGCGAGCGGAGCGAACUCAGCAUGCGGGCAGAACGGCAACAAUGUGAAGCGGGUCUGUUGCUGCGUCGACCCACCAGCACAGGUGGACAACGAUCCCCACGUCCAUACGCUGAAAGGCGCGCACUACACGCUCUUGAGGAGUGGCAACUUCUUGGCAUGGAGUUUCUCCAAGGAUCCAGUGGAUUGGCACCUGUUGGCCGCUUACUCCGGUGCUAGAUCGCGGUUCACCACUCAGUCGCUUUUGCUUCUGGAAAAGCAGAGUGGACAGACUUUGGAGAUGACGGCAGAAGACUGUCUGUGGCAGACGAAAACGGAGAAUGGAUGGCGCAAAGUGCAGCCCGAGUUGCUGCUCCAGGGUGCUGCGAGCGUGGACGUCCAGGAAGUUGAUAAACACACCCGCGAUCCUCUGAAUUUGGAGUCGGUGAUGGUUUUGCAGAUGUCGGAGCCAGAGAAAUCAGGCGUGCGGAAGGUGGCUAGGCUUCUGAUCCACUGCAGCCCCAGUAAGUAUUUGAACUUCAAGGUGAAGAUGUUUGAUACGAAGGAUUUGGACUAUGUGGGAGGAGAGCUGGGAAGUGCACCACGCAACCAGAGCCACUUGAGCCUCUUGUCGGCCAAACUCAGCUCCAUGGUGAUGCAGACGGAUACUGAGUUCCAGGCAAAGCUGAUGAAAAAAACCUUCGACUCCAAAUCUCGGCUUCAACCGCUUCAACCAGUUUAAUCAUGUUGCCGGUGUUGCCGGUGUUGCCGGAUAAUGGGACCUUUCAUGGACGUUCCCACAUUGGAAACAAUCAGAUGUUGGCAGCUGGGCUUCAUUGGGUGGCAGUGAGGCUGCAGCAGACUUCUUGGAGUUGAAGCAACAGGCUGGAAUGGCUUUGCUCGGCACCGAGACGACCCAGACCUGCACGGAAGCUGAAGAGCAAGAAGCGGAGAAGAUUUGUGCCAAACACCUCCCGAAAGAUGACGAUCACGCAGAAGUUUUCAUCGACUGCGUCUACGAUGUCUGCCAUGGAGGUGGAGAAGAAGAUGCCCUGAGUGCCGCUGCAUUCAUCUCUGCCUAGGUCUGACCUCAUGUCAGAUGGGCGUUUCAACUCUGUUUUGAAUUCCGUUUUGAAAACAGAGCUAGCUAGGCCAGUUUGAGUUUUGACGUUGUUUUCAACGCUGCCCCGUGGGCUUAUAUAUAUAUUAUAUCAUGUUCCAGAUUGAUCAGAUUGCGAGCACACGCCUCCAAAA